AAAUACCGCAAUAUAUGCUCUGAAGAAUUGAAAAUUGGCAACUGCGUUCCAAUGGCAGCAUGCAUCAACGGGCAAGUUAUACUAGAAGAAAAAUAUGAACGAUAUUGUGAAUUCACAAAGACAGAAAUUACAGAUUAUGCUAACUGGCUGGGUGUUAAUUUAGAACAAGAACCAGAUCUGUAUCCGAUUGUAUGCGAAGGGAUUAGAGCUCCACUUCCAAAAGACUGGAAACCUUGUAUGAAUACUGAUGGAGACAUAUAUUAUUUUAAUUUUACUACUGGUCAGUCUAUUUGGGAACAUCCAUGUGAUGUGCAUUAUAGGAAUAUUGUGCUGGAAUAUAAAAGGAAAAGGAGGAAUGUGAAUUUAAAUUCCGGAACACGAAGGUUACUAAAAAUACCCCAGUAUCAAAAGACAUUUAAUCCUGCAGGUGACCUUAAGCUACUUCGUAUUGAAAAGUACAGUCAGCCCACGCGUAUUCGAAUUUCCAAUGAUGAUUUGACUACCGUUUCACAUUCACAUGAUCAAGAGUUGUCUGAAGAAUGUAUGAUUCCUCGAAAUCCCAAUAAAACACGUUUACUUAUCAUCAGAGAACGUAAACCUCUUAAGAAAAGCCAGAGGGAUCCAGAAAAUAACAAAAAUCCCUUGCGUGAUUCGAGGUGUACUCAGCAAGCAACGCUAAACAAAACAAUCCCCGAGUAUAAUAAGACUCUUUUGAGUUUACCACUGGUUGAUCAAGUGGAUGCUGAUCUCCUGGAUUCACCCUACCUAAGUAACUCAGAUGAUUUCAUGAAGACAAAUACAGUUAGACAGCAUAGCACGAAUAAAUCCCAUGACAUUACAGAAACGCUAGCAGAGGAAACACAGUCUAACCAAUGCAGUAAGGUAAUAGACUAUUCAAAACUGUCCAAACAUUAUCCAGUAGAUAAACAAAUGGAAAAAUUCAAGAGUACUGCUGUUAUCUCAAACACUAAAGAGAAUGAAAUUAGCACCUUGUCCAACAAACAACUUCAUAAUACAUCUUCAGCUUGUGUCACACAACUGCUAGAUAAAAUGGACAAACAUCAUGAAGAAGUACUUGGAGCUAAUGAAAGAUUAUGCUGCAUGCAAAAAGAACUAGUUAACUGGUGCAAUGAAAUAGAAAAACACUUGUAUGAUAUUGAUAAUCAAAAUAAGAUUUUAAUUCGUAAGGAGAAAGACAGUACACUUCGUAAAAAUAAUGCCUCUUACAUUUCAAGUGUUCUACAGGCAGAUCAACUAACAAACAGAGACAACAGCUUGCCAAAUCCACUUUCACAUAAUAAAUAUCCUUCAAACAUCACACUAUACGGAGCACAUAAUCUUCAGCUGUCAACAAAUUAUAGCAGAAAGCGACCACAUUCUUGUGAUGAUUAUUUUCUUAUGAAGCAUGACCAAAAUGAUAGACUAAACAAGAAAACAGUAAGUACAAACAACAUGUUAGGAAAAGGAAAUCAAAAUGAAUCUACAAUAGAUAUAACUGACACUCAUUUUCACGAUCACAUAAAACACCUAUCCAGAUUUGAUAAGUUCAGAAUGCAGUAUCCACUAGAUGAUAAGUUAAAAGACCAGUCUAAACGUGUAAAAAUUUCUUCAGAAAGCAGAAGUCAUGUCACUUUAAAUCUUCCACCAACAGAUGACAAAAUAACACUUAAAAAACUCGAAGAAAACUUACCAGAUAAUAAACAAAAGUGUACUUUUAUAGAUUGGGAAAAAUUAUCCUCAAAUUUGGCGAAGAUACGUUCGGAAUCAUACUAUUAUAAAUCACAAGGAUUCGCUAAAAACAAUUCUCAAAAUACUAUCAGUCGGCAUCUUGAAAACUAUGCAAAGUGGUUAAAAACAGCUGAAGCCUACAUGAGAACUCUUCAAUCUAAUGAACUGAUCUGUUGAUUUGACCGGAUCUGAUUAAAGCCACCAUAUAAAUUGUGAAAAAAAUUGAAGAAAGGA